UUUUCAUGUAGUGUGACAUCAAAUCUAGAGUUGUAGUGUGUUUCAUAUAUUGUAGUCUUUUUCUCCUUUUCUCUACAAAAAUGGCUACUGGAAAGCUUCAUGUUGAAGUUGAGGUCAAAUCUCAUGCAGAUAAGGUUUGGGAAGCCCUUAGGGACUUCAUCUACAUUUACCCAAAGGCCUUCCCACAUGAUUACAAAAGCGUUGAAGUUUUGGAAGGUGAUGGCAUUAAGCCUGGUUCUGUGAGAUUCAUUACAUAUGCAGAAGGUUCUCCGCUUGUGAAAUCAUCGAAAGAAAGGAUCGAAGUUGUUGAUGUGCCAAACAAGAUAUUUUGUUACAAUGUCAUAGAAGGAGAUCUGCUACAGUACUACAAAAGUUUCAAGGCCAGUGUUCAAGUGGUUCCCAAGGAAGAAGGAAGUCUGCUUAAAUGGCACUGUGAGUACGAGAAGGCUGGUAAUGAUAUUCCUGAUCCAUGCGCCAUCAAGGAUUUUGCUGUCAAGAACUUUAAAGAGCUCGAUGACUACAUUAUUGCCAAUGCAUAAACUAGCCACCACUACUACUACUACUACUACUACUACUACUACUACUACUACUACUAUACAUACAUAUAUAUACUCUGUCAUAUAUAAUUAUGCCUUGUCAAAUGGCUUAGUUAUAUAUCCUCAUCAUCAUAUCAUAUGUAUGUAUGGCCCGUACUUUGAAUAAAUUUCAGUGCUAGUAAUAAUGUAAUGUGUGUACUGCAAAAAAAAAAAUGUAAUGUGUGGCUUCAUCUGUUAUAAUGUAUGUUCUUUUAUAUUAGUAUAUGAAUGCACGGAUCUAUUUUUAUA